AUGGGCCGCCCGUGUCCGAAGACCGCUUUUGUCAUUCCCACAAAGCUGCUCGAAGCAUCACCGAACACGGAUGCCCACAUCCUUCGACUUCCGACCGAGCUCCUCCUCUCCUUCCUCUCCCUGAUCAGCACUGAAGACAAGAUAUGUUUCGCCUUGACCUGCAAGCGAAUUCUCCAAGCGUCCACCCUGCAGCCGUUCCUGAUCCCAUCUGUUGACAGGCAUCGGAGUCUGGGCCCUUGCAGACAUAUGCAGGGCCUGCUGGCCCGAGUUAAGCCGCGGGAUGCAAAGGGACGGAAGAAGAAGACAAUUGCCAUCUGCGCCUACUGUGUGCGGUAUCGGCCCAAGAAGCCGUCUUAUUGGGAGAAGUUCUUUCGGGAGGGUGUCAGUGAAGCCCAGUGGACCGGGCAGCUGGACUUGUGGAGCCGGCUGAAGAUUGGCGAGUGCCCGGAGUGCUGGUAUAAGCGGGCGAUAGCACAGCUGCAACAGCUCGCCGCCGAGAAGGUCGCUGCUGAUAUCGAGGCGCAGCUCGCCAGCGAGAUCGCCGCCCAGAAUGCGAUAGCCACUCAGAACGGAGACCAGGCCCAGAAUGACUCCGAGAGCGACGACAACAUGGAUGAUAUCUCCUUGUAUACCACUUCUUCCGGAUACGGUCCUUCCGAGUACGAGUCAACCAGAUUUGAUUCGGAAGAGGAGGAGCUGGGAGUGGAGGACUCCGAGGACUACUCUGACGAGGAGUCUUCCUCCAAGUCAGACGUGGACAUGGAGAUGUGA